AUGGCUGAACAGGGCAUGUAUCACGAAAUGUACCGCAAUGCGUCCAUCGGUGGUACACUCGCAGAUACCCUGGACGACCUUAUUAGCAGUCGUCGCAUCGAGCCUCAGCUUGCCAUCAAGAUCAUGACCAACUUUGACAAGGCCAUCGCCCAGGUGCUUGGUGAAAAAGUCAAGGCUAGAAUGAGCUUCAAGGGACACCUCGACACAUACCGCUUCUGCGACGACGUGUGGACCUUCAUACUCAAGGACGUCAAGGUGAAGCUGGACAACUCGCAGCAGAUCGAGGUCGAGAAGGUUAGGAUCGUCAGCUUGCUCAACGCCACCUCUGCCCACAAUGGCGGAAAGAAGUAG